CCAGCCAGCCCAGCAAACCGAAUAUAAAGCGCGGGCGACCGACACGAGCUUCAUUAAACUUACUCGCGUUCUCGCCACGCGUAGUUCUCACGGAAACUUUCAGACGACACGAAUAACUUCGCUAUGUCCGACACGUACGACGACAUUCUUCGGAAUCUGGUCAACAUCGGUUUGAACGACCACUUCCUUCAGCAGAACGCCAAACCGAUGGCGCCCCGCCGGCCGUCCCUGUUCUCGCCCAAGAGCCUCAGCUCAGAGCAACUGAGCGACGAGUGGCCGUUCGACAUAUGGAGCGAGAACUCGACCAGUAAACCUCAGCUUCCCUUCAGGUCCGACCGCUCCAUGAGCCUCACUGACAGCCACCUCCCCAACUACGGCAGGUCCAAAGCUCCCGAGGUGCCCCCACCGCCCGGCUUCCCCCCGCUUGCCCCCGCGCCGUCCAACCGCUACAAGACAGAGCUGUGCCGGAGCUACCAGGAGUACGGCAGCUGCAAGUACGGCAGCAAGUGUCAGUUUGCUCACGGCGAGAGUGAGCUGCGCGGCCUCUACAGGCACCCCAAGUACAAGACGGAGGCGUGUCGCACGUUCUACAACUUCGGAUACUGCCCGUACGGAGCCCGCUGCCACUUCAUCCACGAGGAGAAGGCGACGGAGCGCAGGGCCCAGCAGCAGGAGGUCCAGCAGCAGCACCCGCGGAUCCUGCGCCAGAGCGUCAGCUUCGCCGGCUUCCUCGGAGCUCGCAGCACCUCUCCUCCGACGCCCUACGAAUCCACCGCCUUCGCCCGCGCCCCCUCGGUCUCCCCGCCGCCGGCCGACAUUCUGUCCCCCGUCUUCGGUGACGCCUCUCGCGAGAUGUUCCCCUUCCCUCAGAGCAGGAGGGGCGAGGCGGACCUGGGCCAGGUCCUGGAGCCUCGCAAAUCCUCGUGCUGCGUCUGCGGCCACGGGAACAGCUUCCAGGCUUCGCACGGCAAGGAGAACCGGCACGCCAUGCAACGCUUCGCCUCAGACGAGUCGCUCUCAGACCGCGAGAGCUACAGCAGCGCGGGAAGCGCGAGCGGCUCCGAGUCGCCCACGUUCGACAGCGCGAGCGGCAAGCGCCUCACUGUAUUUGCCCGGAUGUCGCUUUCUGAAUGAACCUUUCCAGCCUUAGCUACAACAUGGAUUCAGCAACCGCCAGACGCGACUGUCCUCUCAAUCCGCAUUCCCCAGAAGGCCCGAGACGUCGCCUCCUGUUCGUUUCCUUAACCUACAGAUGAUAGGAAGAAAUAUUGACCGGCGCAGCAAAGUCCGCAGUGCUGUGAGAGGAAGCCCCCUCAGCGCUGAAGCUCCGUGUGUUUGAUUUUGUUUGUUUGUUUGUGUUUGUUUUCUUUCCUACCGUCAUGUCUUCCAUUUGCUUGCUUGGCUCUGGCAUUUGUGUUGCAAAAAGGCAUUGACAAAAGCACUGAAGUGACAUACAGUGUAGGAACUAGUGCUAAAAACACAAGCGGUGCUUGUGUCUGUGUCCAUUCCCGAACGGUCAGCUGCCAUAACUGAAGCGAUUCAUGAGCUACUCAACCAGCAAUGUGACAAACUUGAAAAAAAAAAAUGCUGAAUAGCUAUAAAAACGUACUCACUAAGAAAUGCACUUUACACAUCUAUACUGGGAGAACUGUAGCAUUUAACCAAAGCAUUAUGAUCUCAUGUGCCUACUUUGUCUUUGUACGAGGACAGCCGUUUGAGAAACCUCCUUUUUUUGUUGGUAACUUAAACUUGCUGUCCCCAACACACGACAAAUCUAAAACGACAUAUUUAUGAUUCGACUGUCGGACGAGACCUGUUUUAUAAUGUUUUCACAAACUUCCUUUGGGUCCUUCCUCGACUUGUCUUUCAUCAGGGACUGUAACAAUACAGUAUUUCUCUUGUGUAGUUUGCUUUCAUUUGCAAUGUUUUUUGUAAUUGUAUAGACUUAACUAAAGUAUUUAUUAAGUAUUUAUUAAAGUAAUAACAAUGUAUUUUCUACUUAUUUAUCAACCAGUGUCAAGGUACAAAAAGUGUUGCCACAGAAUGAUGGAUUUAUUCUUAAUUAACCAAAAUUAUGAAAUAAAUGCAAAUGAUGUGGACAGAUAA